AUGCCGCCGCCACUCACCCUCCUCCUGGCCGUCCUCCUCGCCGGCCUCCAACCCGCCUCCGCCGCGUCAUCCUCGCAAACGGACGCCCUCCUAGCCUUCAAGCGAUCCCUCACCAUCCCGCCCGCGGCCGCAGCCUUCUUCUCCACCUCGCUGACGAACCUCACCACGCUCUCUUUGCCGUCGAACGCGCUCGCCAGGGGCAUCGACAGGGUCGUCGCGUGCACGGGGCUUGAGGAGCUCACCCUCGCGUCCAAUGCCUUCUCCGGCGCCGUGCCGGACCUCUCGCCGCUGAUCCGUCUCCGCAGGCUCGACGUCUCGAAUAACAGCUUCUCGGGUGCGUUCCCCUGGGCCGCGCUGCCCGCCAUGCCAGGCCUCACCGUGCUCGCCGCGGGAGACAACCCGUUCUUCGAGCCGACCAGUUCUUUCCCCGCCGAGGUCACCGAGCUCACCAACAUCACCGUGCUCUACCUCUCUGCCGCCAACAUCGUCGGCGCCAUCCCGCGGGCUAUGGGGAGCCUAGUCAAGCUCGUGGACCUCGAGCUGGCCGACAACAACCUCACGGGCGAGAUACCCCCGGAGAUUGCCAGUCUCGUUAACCUCCGGGCCCUCGAACUGUACAACAGCUCCCUUACCGGAGCUCUCCCGCGGGGGUUCGGGAAGCUAACGAAGCUACAGUACUUCGACGCGUCACAGAACAUGCUGACCGGCGGCCUCUCCGAGCUCCGGUUCCUCACGCGGCUCGUGUCGCUUCACCUCUUCGACAACAGCUUCUCCGGCGAGGUGCCCCUCGAAAUCGGAGACUUCAAGGAGCUCGUCUACCUGUCACUCUACAACAACAGCCUCACAGGCGAGCUGCCGCAGAGCCUCGGGACUUGGUCGGAGCUGACCUACAACAACAGCUCUCUUAGAGGAGCACGAACUCACUGA